AUGCAUGGAUUUUCACUCUAUAAACGCCAUGAGUACCAAAUAAAGUAUCUAUCUAUCUAUCUAUCUAUCUAUCUAUCUAUCUAUCUAUCUAUCUAUCUAUCUAUCUCAAGCCGUUCAUUAUCUAUCUAUCUCAGUCUGUUUCUCUAUCUCUAUCUAUUUAUCUCAUCUAUCUUGUUUAUCUAUCUAUCUAUCUAUCUAUCUAUCUUGUUAUUAUCUAUCUAUCUAUUCUAUCUAUCUAUCUAUCUAUCUAUCUAUCUAUCUAUCUAUCUAUCUAUCUACAUCUCAGUCUCGGUUCAUUAUCUAUCUCAAUCUGUUUCUUUCUUUCUUUCUUUCUUUCUUUCUUUCUAUCUAUCUAUCUAUCUAUCUAUCUAUCUAUCUAUCUAUGUUAAUAUCUAUCUAUCUAUCUAUUAUCUAUCUAUCUUUCUAUCUUUUCUAUCUAUCUAUCUAUCUAUCUAUCUAUCUAUCUUAAUAUCGGUUCAUUAUCUAUCUUCUUUUCUUUCUUUCUUUCUUUCUAUCUAUCUAUCUAUCUAUCUAUCUAAUAUCUAUCUAUCUAUCUCAAUAUCUAUUCUAUUCAAAUAUUCAUUAUCUAUCUCAGUCUGUUUCUUUCUCUCUCUCUUUCUAUCUAUCUAUCUAUCUAUCUAUCUAUCUAUCUAUCUAUCUAUCUAUCUAUCUUAA